CUCAGUGUCUCAUUUCAGAAUGUAAAUAUGACAUAUUUACUGUAUACAACAGUAAUAUUUAAAGGUACAAUCCAUGAAAAUCCAUAAGUUAAAUGCCAUAAUGUGAACAAGUCCAGGCAAACCAAAUAAUAUUUCCAAGGGGACAAGCAGGUUACACCUCCUCUAGAAAAGUUAUAGUGCACCUUUAGCAUCUUUAAACUAUGUCUUUUUUUUUUUUUUUAAUCCUUGAUUUUCUGUAAGUUUUUCUAAGUCCACAAAAUAAAAGAGAAAUAAAAGAAAAAGUAUUGUCCACAAGGAACUAAAUAGCUUCAACACCAAACCACAUUCCAAACAUAUUAUAUUCAUAUCUCUUUGAUCACUAAAAAAGCUUCCUUUCAGUUUUAUUUUAUUUGUUUUUUUGCAGACCAUCCUCUACAGACCUACUUGAACGCCAAUCAAAUUCCAAUAGUACACAGAAACAGCUCAUUCAGCGCCCAAUGGAUAAUUUAAACUCCACAUCUCUCCCCAACUCCACGGAGUGCCCUUCCAUCGAUGACUUCAGGAACCAGGUGUACUCCACGGUCUACUCCCUCAUCACCGUCUUCGCUUUGCUCAGCAACGGUCUCGCUCUGAUCAUUUUAAUUCGCACCAACCGCCACAGCACGCCUUUUCACAUUUACAUGCUCAACCUGGCUGUGUCGGACAUUUUGUGUGCCUGCACCCUCCCACUCCGCAUCCUCUACUAUGUCAACAAGGGCCAGUGGAACUAUGGGGACUUCCUGUGCCGAUUCAGCUCCUACUCUCUCUACGUCAACCUCUACUGCAGCAUCUACUUCAUGGCUGUGAUGUCCGUGACCAGAUUCUUGGCUAUAGUCUUCCCGGUAAAAAAUAUGUACUUGGUAACGGAAAAACGCGCCCGAAUUGUCUGUUUUGGUGUGUGGGUUUUAAUAUGUUUGAUGUCCUGCCCUUUUCUGCUGUCGGGGCAGCAUAUUGAUCCAGUAACCAACAAAACAAAAUGCUUUGAACCUCCAAAAAAGAUCAAAGGAAUCAAGACCCUGGUCAGACUCAACUACGUCUCCCUUGCCAUAGGUUUCCUCAUUCCAUUUUUGGUCAUCCUUAUUUGCUAUGUUGGCAUUAUCCGCACGUUAAUGUCUCGUACGAUGGUCCCAAGUAAGCAAACAGCAUCAGCGACUAGAGCGAUUCGAAUGAUAGUGAUUGUUUUGCUAACUUUCUUACUUUGCUUCAUGCCGUACCACAUCCAGCGCACCAUCCACUUGCACUUCCUGUCCCGGACGGAUGCUUCCUGUGAGGAGACGGUAGCUAUGCAGAAAUAUGUUGUGAUAACACUGUGUCUGGCCGCAUCCAACUCCUGUUUUGAUCCGAUGUUGUAUUUCUUUUCUGGUGAAGGUUUUAGGACUCGAGUUAACUCUUUCAGACAGUCCUUUAGGGGUAAAUGGACCUUCAGAGAAAACCCAGACCAACAGGUUAAGGAAAGUAAUCAGCUCAAUGUGAGUUCGCCACAUGUAUGAAGUGCUGUGCUUUGUUUCAUUCAUUCAUCUGCCUAUAUCAUCAUUGCUCAAAAUGCUCCGUUCCUCCUUGUGAUGUCAUGUAGUGGUAGUUUAAAGUUAUCAGCUAUCUUUUACCUUUAGUUCUGUAGAGAGUAGAAAGCUCAAUAUGCAGGGUUUGUGUUAAACGUGUGUGAAUGAAACAAAACACAACUCCAGGUAUGUUUUUGAUGCGAAAACAACAUUAUAACAUAGAUUUAAAAAAUUGCAUAAUUCGGGCCAUUUAAAUUGUAAUUAUGAACUUGGUUUGGGUUAGUUAGUCUGAAGUAGAAGUAGGCUCUUAGACUUAAGAUACGUUCAGACUGCAGCCUGAAGUGACCCACAUCUGAUUUGUUUUGGCCCUUUGUGACCUGUAACUGAUCUUUUAAUGACAGUCUGAAUGACAUACAUCUAAUUUUUUCAAAUGUGACCCAGGUCACUUGGAUAUAUGCUCCUAAAACCGAUACAUAUCCCAUCUUUUGACAUGCGACUUCAGUCUGAAUGGCCAGGUCGCAUUCAUCCCACCUAAGACGUGUUUUCUCCUGUGAGAGUGGUACAAGUAGGCGCUCAGAAAAUUGUGCACGAACUCCGUGUGAGUGAAGCAGAGAAGCACAUCUCAUCAUCUCAUCACUCUUGCCUGCAACUCCGUACCCACACGUUCCUUUCUACGGAUGUUGCUGCCACUGCCCCACAAAGUGCCACGGCCAAAACCCAAGAUCUUCUCCUUCUCAAUCUCCUCCUUAAAACAAAUAAGCUGUACAUGUUCUGGCUCUGGAACAACAGCAACUUUAAAAUCUCCAGGUGCUCUAUGUUCAAGUCCAUGUUUAGGCGACUUCCGUAAACACUGGGCACUCUUUCUGUGUGUGAUGUCAUCAUGUCCUCCAAUGUGCAUGCAGGACACUUUUAGGGCAUUUAAAGUUCACACUGGAGAUCACAUACAAGUCGCAUUUAACUGGAAAUGUGAACGACCUCGUGAAAAAAAAUUGGAUUUCACAAAAAAAUCUGAAUUGGGCAUUAACCCUGCAGUCUGAACGUAGCCUAAGACUAAGUACUUAUCUAUAUUUCAAAGCAGCUCUUAAGGUCAAAAUAAGAUCACUGCCUGCAUCUUAAUAUAAAGCAUUUUAUCAUCCAAGAACAAGGAAGUGCACUGUUAGCAUGCUAGUUGCUUUAUCGUGACAGCAAAACUCCCUGUGAAUGCCCCUGUGAAAAGCUCCGGUGAAUAAUUGGUCAAUAAUUAGGAUGCUGGGAAUCUGGCAAUACAUUAUUAAUGUUAUAGCUUCCAGGAAAUAGAAGAACAAUUAGGAGAUUCAGGUCUAUGUACACAAUGAAAAGGCAACUUGUAACUCUUCAAGAGAGCUAGUUUACAUCAUCGUUUAUUUAUGUACUUGGUGCAUCAUUGUAAAGCAUCAUCCCACAUUAGUAGAACUGACUUAAACAGAAGAAACAUACCAAGAGCUUGACCUUAUGUGAUGAUUUUCAAUAGACUCAGGUAAAGUUUGAGAAGGUCCACAACAACCAAAUCUCAAAGCAGCCUUCACGAAACAUAUAAAUAAAUUACCUUGAAUGUUACUGCACCAUUUUGAAUUUCAGAAAGACAAAUGUUUACAAGUUAAGUUUACCUCAGAUGACAUUGUUGUUUUAAAGUGAUGUUUAGUUUGUAUAAGCUCAGGGACGUAGCCACGCAUCCAUAUUUGGAAAUAUGGGCGGGGCUUUCUGCUUGAUUGAUGGUAAGCUUUUGGCAGGAGACUCCCAGACUGUAUGACAUUAUUAGCAUAUCAAACAGCUGUUGCUAUGACAAAUGAGUAAACAUUUGUUGCCUUCAUUAUGCUAUAUAACACAGCUGUCAAACAUAAGGCCCGGGGGCCGGAUCUGGCCCUCCAAGACCUUUAAUCUGGCCCUCGGCUGAUUUUCUACUAAAAUAUUUUAAUUAUAUUUUCUAUUAAAAUAUUGGUAAUUUUCUGUGCCGCUUAGCAUAGCAGUGUCUCCAGUGCCUCUGUGCAUGGCCCCUCCCACCAGAGCAGCACAAAUGAAGACUCGCCUCUUUCCAAACGCUCUUAAAGGACAAUCAUUUUGACCUCACCAGCAAAUUGUCAAAAAUGAGAAAAGUGGACGCUGAGUGUAGGAUUUUCCAAGAAAAAUUUACUUCUCCCUAUUUGCAUACAAUGUUAAAACAUUGUGUUGAAAUUGCAUUUUUCUUAAAGUUUCAGGUUGUUCAUAAUAUUAUUUUGUAAAAGAAAGAGUUCAUCAGUUAAAAAGAUUUCUGCAAUAGAUUUGCGUUUCUCUGCACAAAUAUUUGAACUUAUUGCUAUUUUGGGGGUAUAUAUGCCAUAAGUUUUCUGAUCCGGCCCCUUUGGGAUCAAAGUAGGCCGGAUACGGCCCCCAGACCAAAAUGAGUUUGACACCCCUGCUAUAUAAGCUAAAAAUGACCAUGUAUUGACAUUUCAAAGUUGUUACAUGCU